AUGGCGACGGUCGGGGGUAUGCUCGCCUCUUCCAUCAUCAAGGUGGUGAUUGGACAGAUCGGUUCCACCAUCGGAGGCGAGAUCAAGCUGCACUGGAACAUGAAGAAGGAUCUCGAGAAUAUGAAGAAGACGCUAGAGGCGGUGGAGGCUGUGCUCAGCGACGCCGAGAGGCAGUCUGUCACCGAUAACUCGGCGCUUUUGUGGUUGAAGCGUCUCAAGGACGCCAUGUACGACAUCUCCGACAUGCUUGAUGACUUUGAAGCUGACACCAACCUGUGGUCAGCUACAAUGAAUAAGAUUAAGAUGCCACGUAAGAUGAAGAAGAUGCAAAAGCGCCUAGAUAAGAUAGCAGAUGAUCGUAGCAAUUACCGUGUUCUACCAGAAAAUUGCACCGAGGAGAAGCAAGUUCCUGAUACCCGGGAGACAGCCGGGAAUGUGGAGGAAGUAGAAAUCAUCGGAAGGACCAAUGAAAAGCUGGAAAUCUUGGAUCGUAUAUGUGGGAGCACCACUCAAGAGACCACCAUCCUUCCCAUAUGUGGCAUUGGAGGCAUUGGAAAAACCACCUUAGCGAGAUUAGUUUUCAGUGAUCCUGAGUUCAAAGAAUACUCUCGGGUGUGGGUCUACGUAUCCCAGAAAUUUGAACUGAAAAAGAUUGGCAACACCAUAAUAUCACAACUAUCACCGGGGAGCCCGAUAUCUGAUGAUUUGCAUAGUAUUCAUACUCGUCUCCGAGAGCUGUUUGCUGGUACGAGGAUCCUGGUCAUUUUGGAUGACCUGUGGGAGAACAAGACUUCUCACCUACACGAAUUGAAGGCUAUGCUGAAGCAAGGUGAUGGGAGCAAGGUGCUGGUUGUGGUUACCACACGUGAAAAAAGCAUUGCACAAGAAAUUGGUACUGUUGAUCUAUUCGAAUUACCUCCCUUGUCAGAUCAAAUGUGUUGGGAUAUACUAAAAGUGAAAAGUAUGUUUGAAGCAAGGCAAGACAAAGAGCGCUUGAAGCCUAUUGGGGAGGAAAUUGCGAGAAAGUGUGGAGGAGUGGCUUUAGCUGCUCAAUCACUUGGACACAUGUUAAAAUCCAAGACAUAUGAUGUAUGGGAUUCCAUCAGAUCCAACCAUAUCUGGAAUCUAGCUACGUCCAAAGAAACGUCGUCUACACAUGAAGUGCUUGCAUCCUUGUUGUUAAGCUACAACUUCAUGCAUCCACACUUGAAGUUAUGCUUUGCUUAUUGUGCAAUCUAUCCAAAAGGCCACAACAUGAAUACUUAUGAUCUAAUCCAUCAAUGGAUUGCUCUUGGAUUCGUGGAGCCAUCUAGUACAUUCUCUACCUGGCAGCUCGGUGAGAGUUAUAUUAUGAAGCUUCUAGAGAUGUCAUUUCUUCAACAUUCAAAGAUUGACACUGGAUAUUUGAAACGAGGAACAGAUGGUACGCUGGUCAUCAUGCAUGACUUGGUGCAUGACCUCGCAAGAUCGGUUAUGGCUGAUGAAUAUAACUUGGAGGGCUCCAACUGCCGCUAUGCAUGGCUGGCAGAUUGUAGGGAGCCAUUGAAGUCAUCAACAAAUUCACCUACAAAGAUAAGGGCACUGCAUUUUGCAGACAAUCUUUGGGUCAGAGUUUUGAAUAGUGAUGCAUUUUCACCAGCUAAGCACGUCCGUGUCUUAGAUUUAUGUGCAGGCGAGAUGCAUGAAAUGACAGAUUCUAUUGGUCAACUGAAGCAGUUGAGGUAUCUUAGCUUUUCAUGUGGUGAGGUUCCAAUUAAUCCCAAAGUUAUCGGUAUGCUGUCGAAGUUGAAUUAUCUUAGAAUCUAUUCCAGGGGUCUCAGAAUAUUGCCAGAGUCGAUUGGUGAAAUAAAAGGUCUGAUGCAUCUUGACUUAUCAGGUUGUAGCAACUUAAAAGAACUCCCAUUGUCACUUGUGAAGAUCAGGGAGUUGUUGUAUCUAGAUUUAUCAGGUUGUGUUGGUGUUUCAGGAAUACCCAAAGCUUUGGGUGGCCUAACCAAACUCCAACAUUUGAGUUUAUUAGCAUGUAAAAAUCUCAGAGGGCUGCCAGAUGCCAUCCCCAAUCUCACUGAACUCCGAUAUUUGAAUCUAUCAAGGUGCUUGUUUUUUAUGUUUGACAAAUCAGGGAAUCAAGCUGAGAGUUUCAUUGACCGUAUAUGCACCCUUCCCAAUAUGAAGCAGCUGGAUUUGUCUUGUAAUCAGUAUCCUCUUAUGAUACCAGAUAGUGCAAGCCACCUGACCAAGCUGGUGCUCGAUGAGUGCUACCAAAUUCUUAGGCUUCCAGAGUGUGUAGAGAACAUUCAUUUUGGUGUCUCCGGGAGGAACUUCUCUGUGUACGCAGGUGACAUUAGCAGUAAUAUCCAUAUACUUGAGCAUGCAAGUGUUGCUGAGCUAAGCAUCUCACGGCUUGAAAAUGUAAAGUCCCCAGAAGAGGCACACAGUGUAAAUCUGAGUGAGAAACACACCAUCCGAGAUUUAACGUUGUUGUGGACCAACGGUGCAAAUAGAUCUGUGGAUGACAUGAAGUUGCUGACGGAGCUAGUGCCACCAACCACUUUGAAGACAUUUAAAAUAGGGGGUUACUGCAGUGUUGGCUUUCCAGGCUGGCUAAUGAAUAUUAGCAACCAUCUCCCUAAUCUUGUCAAGCUGACGAUGCAGGAUUUGCCAAACUGCAAGAGCCUACCGCCCUUUGGCCAACUACCCAACCUCCGAGAGAUUAGUCUCAACGGUAUGAAAAGCCUGGAAGAAUGGGACACAUCAUACUUGAGUGAUGAGAAGAGUGUGAAUGAGCUUAAAGAAUUGUGCAUAUAUGAUUGCCCCAAGUUGAGGAUAAGACCACACCUUCCAAGAGCAACAUCCUGGUUUAUAAGGAAUAGCGAUAUUGUGCUCCUACCUCAGCGGGAGAGCAUGCCACAUAUUGAUUGCCUGACAGUGACAGCUGGAGACAGCAACAUGCCUCUGCAUAAGUGGGGUUUUCUUCACCACCUACUCUCACUCCGGUAUUUAAGAAUUGAGGGUUGCAGUGAUUUGACGAUCUCACCAGAGAUAUCCGGGGCCCUCCACUCCCUCAAAUCACUUGUAAUACAUGAGUGCAGCCAUGCAAAACUAGAGGGAUUGUUCGGCGAGCUCAUAUCUCUUCAGGAACUAUCAAUAUGGGACUACAAGAAGCUAGAGGAAUUGCCCAAAUGGUUAGGAGAACUUGCAUUGCUCAAGAAACUCAAAAUCGAAUCCUGCCGUGCCAUCAUGACUCUGCCAGAGAGCAUACAAGAGCUCGCAAACCUCCAUGAAUUGGAAAUACGGGGAUGCAGCCCUGGGUUAAUGACGUGGUGUUAUGCAGAGGAGAACCGGAGAAAGCUUGCUCACAUAAAACAUAAGGCAUCUAGGGUGGCAUUUGAAUGGCGUGGAUUCAGUGUUUGA